CUUCCGCCUCUGAGCUGCGAAUGCACUUCCGGCAGCGGCGGCUUUAGCGGCCGAAGCAAGAUGGGGCAAAGUCAGAGUGGUGGACAUGGUCCUGGAGGUGGCAAGAAGGACGACAAGGACAAGAAGAAAAAAUAUGAACCUCCAGUGCCAACUAGAGUGGGGAAAAAGAAGAAGAAGACAAAGGGACCAGAUGCCGCCAGCAAACUGCCAUUGGUGACACCCCACACUCAGUGCCGGUUAAAAUUAUUGAAGUUAGAGAGAAUUAAAGACUAUCUUCUGAUGGAAGAAGAAUUCAUUAGAAAUCAGGAACAAAUGAAGCCUUUAGAAGAAAAACAAGAGGAGGAAAGAUCAAAGGUGGAUGAUCUGAGGGGGACCCCAAUGUCAGUAGGAACCUUGGAAGAGAUCAUAGAUGACAAUCACGCCAUCGUGUCUACAUCUGUGGGCUCUGAACACUACGUCAGCAUUCUCUCAUUUGUAGAUAAGGAUCUGCUAGAACCAGGCUGCUCAGUCCUGCUCAACCACAAGGUGCAUGCUGUGAUAGGGGUGCUGAUGGAUGACACGGAUCCACUGGUCACAGUGAUGAAGGUGGAAAAGGCCCCCCAAGAGACCUAUGCUGAUAUUGGGGGGUUGGACAACCAAAUCCAGGAAAUUAAGGAAUCUGUAGAACUUCCUCUCACUCAUCCUGAGUAUUAUGAAGAGAUGGGUAUAAAGCCCCCUAAGGGGGUCAUUCUCUAUGGCCCACCUGGCACAGGUAAAACCUUGUUAGCCAAAGCAGUAGCAAACCAAACCUCAGCCACUUUCCUGAGAGUGGUUGGCUCAGAGCUUAUCCAGAAGUACCUCGGCGAUGGGCCCAAGCUUGUGCGGGAACUGUUCCGGGUUGCUGAGGAGCACGCGCCCUCCAUCGUGUUUAUUGACGAAAUUGAUGCCAUUGGCACAAAAAGAUAUGACUCAAAUUCUGGUGGUGAGAGAGAAAUUCAGCGAACAAUGUUGGAACUGUUGAACCAGCUGGAUGGGUUUGAUUCAAGGGGAGAUGUGAAAGUCAUCAUGGCCACAAACCGGAUAGAGACUUUGGAUCCCGCACUUAUCAGACCAGGCCGCAUUGACAGGAAGAUCGAGUUCCCCCUGCCCGAUGAAAAGACUAAGAAGCGCAUCUUUCAGAUUCACACAAGCCGGAUGACACUGGCUGAUGAUGUCACCCUGGAUGACUUGAUCAUGGCUAAAGAUGACCUCUCUGGUGCCGACAUCAAGGCAAUCUGUACGGAAGCUGGUCUGAUGGCCUUAAGAGAACGUAGAAUGAAAGUAACAAAUGAAGAUUUCAAAAAAUCUAAAGAAAAUGUUCUUUAUAAAAAGCAAGAAGGCACCCCCGAGGGGCUGUAUCUCUAGCCAGUCAGAGUUGCCUGUCAGGAGAUGGCGGGGAGUGUUCUGACCCCUUGAGGGAGGAGGUGGGGGAAGUUGCCCAAAGGAAUCCACGUUCCACUUGAAUCUUUUUAGCAGACGUGCUGUGUCCCUUUCUGAGCAUGGUGUAGUGUGCCCACAGGGCUGCUUCCGUCUGUCAGUCACGUGAGUGACCGCAAUAAAGCGUGCUCUUUCUCAA